AUGAAGUUAAACUCUGCUAUCGCCGCGGCCUUGCUGGCUACCGGCACUUAUGCCGACGAUGCAUCCAAGGUUGAAAAUACCGAGUCGUCGACUUCUGUUGCCGUCGAAGUUCCAACCUUCACUCCUACCACCAUCAAAGCUCCCUUCCUAGAGCAGUUCACUGAUGACUGGGAGUCACGGUGGAAGCCUUCCCACGCCAAGAAGGAGACCAAGGGUCAGGAAGAGGAAUGGGCCUACGUUGGCGAGUGGGCGGUUGAGGAGCCUUACAAGUUUAAGGGUGUCGAGGGUGAUAAGGGUCUUGUUGUCAAGAACGUCGCCGCUCACCACGCCAUCUCCGCUAAGUUCCCCAAGAAGAUCGACCCUAAGGGUAAGGAACUAGUUGUCCAAUAUGAGGUCAAGCUCCAGAAGGGUCUUGAAUGCGGUGGUGCCUACCUGAAACUUCUUCGAGACACCAAGUCUCUUCACCAGGACGAGUUCAGCAACACCACGCCGUACGUCAUCAUGUUCGGUCCUGACAAGUGCGGUGCCACCAACAAGGUUCACUUCAUCUUCAAUCACAAGAACCCUAAGACUGGCGAGUACGAGGAGAAGCACAUGUCUGCUGCCCCUCCCGCUACCAUCCAGAAGACUACCGAGCUCUACACUCUGGUCGUCCGCCCCAACAACACCUUUACUGUUAAGCGGGGUGGUGACAUUGUCCGAGACGGUAGUCUCUUUGACCAGUUCUCUCCUGCCGUUAACCCCGAGAAAGAGAUUGACGACCCCAAUGACUCAAAGCCUGAGGACUGGGUUGAUGAGGCCCGUAUUCCCGACCCUGAUGCCAAGAAGCCUGAGGAUUGGGACGAGGAUGCGCCAUUCGAGAUCGUCGAUGAGGAGGCUACUAAGCCCGAAGACUGGCUUGAGGAUGAGCCCUUGACCGUUCCUGACCCCGAGGCCCAGAAGCCUGAAGAUUGGGAUGACGAGGAAGAUGGUGACUGGAUCCCCCCCACUGUUCCUAACCCCAAGUGCGCCGACGCCUCCGGAUGUGGCCCCUGGACCAAGCCCUUGAAGAAGAACCCUGACUACAAGGGCAAGUGGACUGCGCCAUACAUCGACAACCCUGCCUACAAGGGUGUCUGGGCUCCUCGCAAGAUCAAGAACCCCAACUACUUCGAGGACAAGAACCCCGCUAACUUUGAACCUAUUGGUGCUGUUGGUUUCGAACUCUGGACUAUGCAGAACGACAUCCUCUUUGACAACAUCUACAUUGGACACUCUGAGGCUGAUGCCGACAAGUUUGCUCAGGAGACUUUCUUCAAGAAGGUCGCUAUUGAGAAGGCUCUCGAGGAGGCUGAGAAACCUAAGGCUGACGACUCACCUAAGUCUCCCUCGGACCUUAAGUUCUUAGAUGACCCUGUCCUUUAUGUCAAGGAGAAGCUCGACCUAUUUAUCACCAUUGCCGCAAAUGACCCUAUCCAGGCUAUCAAGUUCGUGCCUGAGGUUCCCAGUGCCAUUGUUGCUAUUCUUGCUCUCGUUGGUACCAUUGUCAGCUUCCUCUUCCUUGGAGGUAGCGCACCGGAGCCUGUUAAGAAGGCUGCCGCAGAUGCUAAGGAGAAGGCUAAGGAUGCUAAGGACAAGGCGGCCGAAGCUGUUGCGACAGGUGCUGAGAACGUUAAGGCUGAGGUCAACAAGCGUACCACACGACAACAGUCGUAG